AUGUCCAGCCUUGAAAAUAGUUUCCACAAGCUCUCAACAUUGGCCAGGGCGACAGAUGUGCGCAUUGUGUUCGACACAAAUUGGCUUGGGAAGAAAAACCUUGCUAGGCUUCGAAGUGCUGUCGAGGCCUCCCGGCAACUCACUGGAGUUCUGGUCAUCCCGCAAUUCGCCCGUUUGUAUCAGCAGGCAGACUGGUCAAUCCUCAGCUCUAUUCAGGGUUCCAAAUCUGGACCUCAUCGUCCCACUGGAGACUGGACGUCCAAAGCUGUACCUUCAAUUGAGGACGCGGUAGCUGGAGCCCCUCGUUUCGAAGACGCGAUAUAUGACGCCCCGCCUUCGUAUGCGCAAGUGUCAAACAAGCGCUCGAGACAUACUCGCACUAGCUUGACACCCGACUCUCCUCCACCGAAGCGCCUCCUCCAAGAUCCCACAUGCGUGCCGUCGCCAACAGAACAUGCCUCUUCCGGAUCGUCGCCUAGCUCAAAGUCCACACCUUCGUCCACCGCCACCGUGCAAGUGGAUAUUUUCCAAGACAUUGUCACAUCCGCUGUCCAGAAAGUGCUUCCGGACAUGCUGCGCGAACAACUUCCCAGCAUUCUGCAAGACUUUCUUCCAGGCAUGUUUGCUGACCCCUCACCGUCGCCUUCUUUGUCGCCGACACCACGGUCCAGCCAGAGCGCGGACACGCUCGCACAACACCAUCGAACUUUGAACAAGAAACCCACGCCGGCGGCAGUCAUCAGGACUGUUAUAAGCACUGCUACCAAGACCCACCUUCAAAAAUUCUUGACUGAUGCCCUCGAUGAAGCCUACGAGCAAGUCUCCGAGCUUCAUAACUCAGCUAGCGUUGAAUUCGAGGAACACCUUGAUGACACGAGGCUUGAUUUUGCUAUGCUCAAGGAGGAUCAUAUCGCCGCCUUCAAUGAAGAUUGCAACGAGAAGUUGGUGGAGUUCAAGGAGCGUCUAGUCGAGGGGAAAGAUGAGGCAGAAGUGGAUGUGAAGGCACACGCUGACGAGGUAGUGGUCAAGGCUUGGGAUAGGUUGAACAUGAUGGAUAAGAGGUGGUGUAGUCAUCAAUGCCCCCACAGUACGAAGGACAAGGGUAGCAAGUUGGGAGAAACGCGGAGGGCGAUAUCCCUGCCCCCUUGA